AUGGCACCUGCAGCUGUCGUGUCCGCAACCAUGUCUUUUCCCGACAACUCUACAAAGCAGAACGGCGCUGCUCCCUCUAAGCGCCAUGAGGAGUACCAGUACCUCGAUCUCGUUCGCGAGAUCCUCGAUGAAGGCGAGCAUCGGCCGGACAGGACUGGCACCGGAACAUACUCAAUCUUUGCUCCCACUCCUCUCAAAUUCUCCCUCAACAAGGACGGCGAGCCCCUCUUUCCCCUCCUGACGACGAAGCGUGUCUUCCUCCGCGCAGUUAUCGCCGAACUUUUGUGGUUCAUUGAGGGCAACACAUCAUCACUUGCCUUGAGCGAAGCAGGCGUCAAGAUCUGGGACGGUAAUGGAUCGCGCGAAUUCCUCGACAGCGUUGGCCUUUCCCACCGUGAAGUCGGUGAUCUCGGCCCCGUAUAUGGCUUCCAAUGGCGCCACUUUGGCGCCGAGUACGUGGACUCCAAGACGGUUUAUACUGGCCAAGGCGUCGACCAACUGGCCGAGGUUAUCCACAAGCUCAAGACGAACCCAUACGACCGCCGCAUCAUCCUCAGCGCGUGGAACCCGGCAGACCUAAAGAAGAUGGCCCUCCCGCCCUGCCAUAUGUUCGCACAGUUCUACGUCUCUUACCCGCGAGCCCGCGGCGCGCCCGCAAACGAGGAGCAGAAGCCAAAGGGGCACCUACACUGCCAAAUAUACCAGCGGUCCUGCGACAUGGGACUCGGCGUGCCUUUCAACAUUGCCAGCUACGCGCUCCUGACGCACAUGAUCGCGCGCGCCUGCGACCUCGUCCCGGGAAGCCUGACGCACGUCAUGGGCGACGCACACGUCUACGCGGACCACGUAGACGCGCUCAAGGUGCAGCUGGAACGCGAGCCGAGAGACUUCCCCCUUUUGGAGAUGAAGAAUAGGGAGCCGGGGUGCAGCAUUGACGGGUGGAAGGUCGAGGACUUUGUGGUCAAAGGGUAUGAGCCGCAUAAGACGAUUGCCAUGAAGAUGUCUGUGUAA